UCUUUUUCUGUUUUUCUCUUCAUUUCUGAGGUGAAGGAAAAGCGGGUUGUUUUGUCGGAGGUUGUAAAUGAUAGAUCUGUAUCAAUGGAAUUGAGAAAGAACUAGGGGUUCCUUGUUGCUGUUGCAGUUGAAUCGUUAAGGGUUUUUUCUGGGUCCCGAACGGAAAUGGCAUCCGCGAACCCUUUUGAUCUGUUGGGUGAUGACGACAACGAUGACCCGUCGCAGCUGAUCGCUGCUCAGCAGCAGAAGGUCGCCGUUCCGAAGAAACCCUCAGCUCCCAUCCAAUCCACUGCUCAACAGCAGCCCAAGCAGGCUAAGCUUCCAUCCAAGCCUCUUCCCCCUGCUCAGGCUGUGAGGGAGACUAAAAAUGAAGUUGCUCGUGGAGGGAACCGUGGUGGGCGUGGAUAUGGACGUGGACGCGGUGGUGGAUUUAACCGAGAUCGAGAAGUGGUCAACAAUGAAAAUGCAUAUAGCAACAAUGGAGUCUCUGGAGGAUACAGUGCCCCUGAAGAUGGAGAUAUUGGGAAAUCCACUGAAAGGCGUGGCGAUGGUGGAUCUCGUGGUGGUUACCAUGGUGGCCGUCGAGGUGGUUUCAGCAAUGGAGAGCAUGUUGAUGGGGAGCGGCCUAGAAGGAUGUUUGAGCGUCGUAGUGGGACUGGUCGUGGGAGUGACUUCAAACGUGAAGGAGCUGGUCGUGGGAAUUGGGGAACUCCUACUGAUGAAGUUGUUCAGGAUACUGUGGAGGUUGCCAACACCAAUGAAAAGAAUGUGAGCUCUGAGAAGCCAGUUGAGGAAGAUACAGAUGCCAGCAAGGAGAACCCUGUGAAUGAGACAGAAGAGAAGGAACCUGAAGAUAAGGAGAUGACUCUUGAUGAGUAUGAGAAGCUGCUGGAAGAAAAAAGGAAGGCUUUGCAAGCAUUGAAGACUGAGGAAAGGAAGGUCGAUGACAAGGAGUUUAAAUCUAUGCAACAGCUUUCCAGCAAAAAGGGCAACGAUGAUGUGUUCAUUAAAUUGGGCUCUGACAAGGAUAAGCGGAAAGAGAUUGAGAAGGAAGAGAAAGCUAAGAAGUCUGUCAGCAUCAAUGAGUUCCUAAAGCCUACUGAAGGGGAUAAGCAUUACAGUCCUGGAGGAAGGAGGGGUGGCCGUGGAGGUCGUGGCAGAGGAGGAGGAGGUUACAGUGGAGGUGGCAUGAAUUACAAUGUGUCGGCCCCUUCCAUUGAGGAUCCGGGGCAGUUCCCAACCUUAGGUGCCAAGUGAGAGUUUUUACCAAUCUACUGGACAUCAUCUCCUUGGUUUUUCCAUGUUUGGGUUCAUUUACUUUUGAUCUUGAGAAGUACCCGAGUGGCAGGAAUAAUGAGGUUUCCUGUAUCAAAAGAUCUUUUUAACGUUUUUAAUUAUUCCAAAGUGUAAAUUUAGGUUUUUUUUCCC